AUGCAGCAAUACCAGACAAAACACACCAACCAACACUGCGGGUGUUCGUUUAUAGGCGUCGACUACGAUCAAAUCAUCCAGAUCAUCCAAGACGGAGGAGUCCCCCUCAUAUCCGUACAACAAGAAGCGGGACGCAUGUGCCUGAAAGUCGAGCCACGAACUCUGCAAAGCAGGUACACGGCCAUGUCACACGUCUGGUGCGACGGCCUGGGCAAUCCAGCAGCCAACGCGCUUCCAGAAUGUCAGCUCGCCUACAUCGACCGUUGCCUCCGCCAAAUGCCCCGGGACAUGGAAAGCGGCGAGUUCAGCAUCGGCCCAUUGUCUAUCGACUGGAACCGUCAGUGCUUUCGGCUGCACCCAGAGCGUUCGCCGCCGCUGUUCUGGAUGGACACGCUCUGCAUUCCCGUAAAGCCGGAAGACGCCCAUCUCCGCACCCAAGCCAUCAACCAAAUGGCCUCGAUAUACGCCGCCGCGGUGCAAGUCCUCGUCCUCGAUGCCGAACUGCAGCAGUGCAGCACAGAAUCAUCGGCGAGCCAAAUCCUCGCGCGCAUAGUCUGCAGCGCAUGGAUGGGGCGUAGCUGGACACUGCAAGAAGGCGUACUCGCACGAGAAUGCGUCUUCCAGUUCGCCGACGCCGCACUCGAUCCCAUCCACGCAUGGUGUCUUGACGGCCUGCGCUACUUCGACUCCAAACCAUCGUCCCCCCAGCAGCAGCAAAUCUCCUUCCCGCCAUCAGGCUCCGCGUCCCAGAAGGCCAUUUACCAAGCACUGUACAACGCGUUCUGGGACGCCCUGCACCAAGACUGGAAGAGCAGCUACCGGCGCGAUCCGCCUGCAGCACGUUCGUGGCGCACCGGGCUCGGCGGCAGCCAGGCGUCGGGAAAGGUGAGCACGCUGCCGACGGCGACGGGCGUGGGGCCGGCGCGUGAUGCGCGCGGGCUGGAUGCGGGCGACCACUUUACCAUGGGGCUCGAUGCGAGCAGGCGCGUCAAGCAGCUGGUGGAUACGUGGAAUGAAUUGGCGCACCGCUCGACGACGAUGCCCGAGGACUUGCACGUCAUUGUGGCGAACUUGCUGGAUUUCAACGCCGAUGCUGUCAUGGGGUGGGGGACUAGAGCCGAGGAGCGGAUGCUGGCCAUGAUGCUGAGCUUUGAGAAGUUGCCGGUGUCGUUGUUUUGGAACAGUAAGGGUAGAAGGUGGGAUGGAGGCGGGAGGAAUGGGUGGGUACCAGUUGAGCCGAGUAAGAGUGCUCUGAGUGUUUCGCCGGUAAUGGAUGUACGGGAAGAUGGAUUGAGGUUGGAUUUGGAGGGCGUAGAAACUCUACUGCUGAGCGGACGCGUUGAUGUCAAGAUGCAAAGUGUCAUCAGAAUCGCCAUGAACGGUUUGCACGAGCUCACGUUGCUUCCGCAAGACAGCGACCGAGAGACCCCAACCUUUUUGGCAAACAACGGCGGUAACGCUCAAAUCCUCGAUGACGUCGUAAUAUUCGAGCGGGCGCUAUCUAAUUCUCAAGUUUCGGGCGGCACUCGAGGUGCCCUCUUCCGUCAGAGCACUUCAUGGCAGAAUCAAGCAGAGAAUGCCUCGGAGCUCCGCUUGAUUUACAUUUGUCCGUUGGAAGCUCGACAAGUCACUGAGAAUGACAGCACGAUCGACGACUCCUCUUAUCCCAUUUACAACGUUCGACGAAUACCAACCAGCCACCGCAUAAUAGUUGACUAUGGUACGUAA